AUGCUCGGCACGAAGCUGUGGCCUGUGGUCAUCAUGUCGGCACUGCCCAGCUUUGCGCUCCUCCGGCUCGCUAGCUUGAUUGCCAUGCUGGUGCAACAAGCUCGUUUGCUCCCAGUGGCUGUGGCGCGGACCAAUCUGACUGCGGGGGAUACCUUGAGGCCGCCCGACUGCAUCACCAGCCCGUCCGGCGGGUUUGCCUUCGGUUUCCGUGCCCACGACUCCGAUCCGACCAAGUUCCUCCUCGCCACAUGGUUCCGCUUCGGUGAAGGCAACUCUUCCCUACAGUCGGUGCUGUGGUUUGCAAAAGCGUCCUCCAUGGGCGCCACGCCCAACGCCAGGGCGCGGUCCGUCCUCAGCAUCCCGGCCGAUGGCCAGCUCACGCUCACCGAUGGCAGUGUAGAGCUGUGGAAGGCCCCGACCCCCAGCAUGAAGCGUGGAUUCGUCCUCGUGCUAAGAGACUCCGGAAAUGUCCAGUUCCUCGGAGAUGGCGGCAUGCUCUGGGAGAGCUUUGGAUUCCCGACAGACACGCUCCUGUCGGGGCAAUCUUUGCAGGGGUUUCUCUUCUCCAAGCGCGCGGACACAGAGUUCACCACUGGUCGGUUCAGCCUGGCUGCCCAAAACGACGGUAACGUCGUCCUCUGCGUCGACCUCUUCACCGGUGACAUAUUGGAAAACGCAUACUGGGAUACGCGCACCAACGGCCCCAAUGGCAACACAACUAUCACCUUCGACGAGCGUGGCAACCUCAGCUACACACUCUACGAUGGCACCGUCCACAGCUUGAUUUCUCCCGUCGCCGCCGACAGGAACUACUUCCAGUUCGUCAGGAUGGACCCCGACGGCAUCGUCCGUGCCUACGUCCGCCCUAAGAACGGUGACGGCCGCGAGAACACAACAUCUUGGACCAUGUCGGGCACGCUCCCCAGUGAAGGGGGCUGCAAGAUGAAGACGACCAGGAUGCAAGGCAUGUGCGGCCCCGGGUCUUACUGUGUGGAGACCAAAGAACGGCUCAAGUGCCUGAGCCCGAGCGGGUACACUUAUAUCGACGCGCAGCACAGCGACAGCGGCUGCACGCCAGAGUUGGAGCCGCAGAGCUGUGGCGAGCAGAACAACCCCGACAAGUUCUCGCUCGUAGAGCUGCCAAACACCACUUGGGAGGUGUCAAUAUACUACAAGAAGUUCCCGUCAGUCUCGGAGGAGCAAUGCCGGGAUUACUGCCUCAGCGACUGCUUCUGCGUGGCCGCGCUGAUGAUCGGUGGGUCCGACUGUGCAGAGUUGGGGGCACUCGCGUAUGGACAGCAGGGAAACAACCUGACGACAAAGGCGCUGAUCAAGGUAUGGACAAGGAAUUCUCAGGUGAUUACGUCAGCAAGAAUGAGAAAUGUACUGGCCUACAAGGUUGUGGCCAUUUGCUUGGGCAUUCUUUUGUUGAUCACAGUCGGUGGCCACCGACUUCUGGCACAUCAUUACCUCGUCAGAAACAGAGAUAGCCAGAGGUUGUUGAGCUCGAGCGUAAGAGCAUUCAGCUGGAAGGAGCUUUACCAAGCCACCAAUGGCUUCGAGAAACUGCUGGGCAAAGGGAGCUUCGGGGAGGUCUACAAAGGAACGAUAAGAUCACCGCAGCCGCAUCUCAUCGCAGUGAAGAAGCUCAUCGACUCAAACGAGUAUAGCGAGCAGGAGUUCACAAACGAGGUACAGUCCAUCGGGCAGAUCCACCACCGGAACUUGGUCCGUAUGAUCGGCUACUGCAAAGAAGGCAAGCACCGGAUGCUGGUUUUCGAGUUCAUGCCAGGCGGGUCGCUCCGUGGCAUCCUCUUCAACCCAGAGAGGCGGCCUUCGUGGCGCUGGCGUGCUGUAGCCGCCCUUGCCAUCGCCCGGGGGCUUGAGUACCUCCACGAUGGCUGCAGCGCACCGAUCAUCCAUUGCGACAUCAAGCCCGACAACAUCCUGCUGGACGACCGUGGAGUCCCGAGGAUCACCGACUUUGGGAUCUCCAAGCUACUGGGGAGCCAGCAGGUGCACACAACAGUGACCCACAUCAGGGGCACCAGAGGGUACAUUGCGCCCGAGUGGCUCCGCAGCGACGCGCGCGUGGAUACCAAGGCGGAUGUGUACAGCUUCGGCGUCGUGCUGCUGGAGAUGAUCUGCUGCCGGAGGUGUCAGGAGCCGGUGUCUCAUCCUGACUUGCCACAGGGUGAGGAGGAGGAUGAUGAGACGGUCACGCUGUUCGGUUGGGCAGCGCAGCUGGUGGCCACGCAGAGGACAGAGCUGAUGCUGCACGGCAAUGCUGACGUAGACACUGUUGAGGACAUGGAGAGGGUGGAGCGGUUCACGCGCGUGGCGCUCUGGUGCAUCGAGCCAAACCCGCUGCUGCGGCCAACCAUGCACCAGGUGGUGCAGAUGCUGGAGACCAAUGACCCGGCUCAGCUUCAGGCACUGCCGCACCACCCUCCAGACUGUUAUAUGGAAUCCUCGCCUUUAAUUCCUCAGCUCAAGAUGGCAUGUUAG